AACGUGUUUUAUAUGAUCGUGUUGUCCGUGAAUGUCUACCUUAUUUUAACUUUCUGCCUCUAACCUGAGGGACUGCAAGUAAACAAUAAUCAACAAAGCAGUAUUGUAAAAAAUCUAUAUAUUAAUUGUCCUUGUCAGUCUAAAUAUAUAGUUAAAUUCACAAUGGAUGUGUUUCUAAUGAUCCGACGAAAAAAUAUGACCAUAUUUACCGAUGCCAAGGAUAAUACCACAGUUCUUGAACUUAAAAAAAUUAUAGAAGGUAUAUUGAAAAUACCACCUGUGAAUCAACAGCUGUUCAAUAAGGACAAUGUUCCAAUGUCAGAUAGUAAAUUUUUAUCUGAUUAUGGACUAACAUCAGCAACUGCAAAACCACAAUGUCCUGCAUUAGUAGGAUUAGCUGUGCGUCAAGAAAAUGGUCAAUUUGAAGCAUUAGAGAUGACACCAUUUUCAUUACCACCUGAUUUACCAGAUGUUAUGAAAUCUCAAGAAGCCAAUGGACAAGAACAGUCACCUUGAAACAUUGUGAAACAAUUGAUGAUAAAGUGUUGAAUUCAAUACAAUUUUAUAAUUGUCAAAUAUUUCCAAAAAGGCUAACAGCUUAAGCGAACAUGAUGUGAAUAUUAGGUACAUACAACUUUAUACAAAUAUUAAAAGUGUCCUGAGGCUUUUUAACUUUAUUAAGUGAGAUUACUAUUAAUUUUUGAGACUAUUGUUAACUUUUUCGUUUUUGUUGUUUUCUUGUGAGCGAUAAUCAAGUGUCUUAUACUUGAUCAUUUGACUGAAAAAGAUAAUAAAAAGUAAAAUUUAUAAUCCAGUA